AUGGCUUUUCCGCCCUCUGGCCGGCCCUCUCUUUUCCCCUCUCGGACCUGGAUCAUUAUCGAGAAGCUCUCGGAGCAUGUAUCCCAGAGGACGCGGAAGCUGAACGAUGAUGCUAGUAGGCCUUCAUUCACAGCUGCUAAGCUUAUUUCCCGCCGUUCAGAUGACCCGACUAAGCUAAGUUUCAUGCGGAUUUGUCUUCAGUCAGGACCUCCUGAGUUCGAGCCAGCCAGGCUGCCCCGCCUUGUGCGCAUCCCGAGCUACUAG